GAGAAAUUUUAAUCGAUUUCCACUGCAUCCCUCGCGUUCAUUCGUCUUAACGACAAUCACUCUCGAGAUAAGGAGGCAAGAACAGCAUUCGGUGUAUAAAAAGCCCAGAAAUUCAACAAAAGUUUAUCAGUUCGUAUGAACCAUUCUAUCGAUAUGAAAGUUCAAAUUCUCGCUAUUGGUUUCCUCGCCAUAUUGGCAGUGGCUUCUGCCGCGCCAAAUCUGUGCCCUCCGCAGGACGGUCUCGAAGCGGUUAUGGUUGCAAAUCCUUGGGACUGCAGUUCUUACUACGCCUGCAGCGCCGGUCAAGCUAUCCUGAGACCGUGCCCGGAAGGUCUGGAAUUCAACGAGGAGCUUCAAGUCUGCGAUUGGCCAAACAGCGCGAACUGCGUUUCACGCUGCACAUUGUGAAAAAUUCAUCGCAAGAAAAAAUCUAUGGCAAUAUUUAAGAUAACUGUAACCGCGGCAUGAGCAUUGAAUAAACGCAUCAAUUCCAAGUGU